AUGCCUGGCAGUUGGGGCAAUCGGCUGCCGUACUUCAUAAACUACUUCUUUGACACCUACCUGCUGAUCAAUGAGGAUACUCCCGUGGGUUCCUCAGUGACUCAGCUGCUGGCCCGGGACCUGGACAACGACCCGCUGGUCUUUGGCGUGGUUGGGGAGGAGGCCAGCCGAUUCUUUGCAGUGGAGAGUGUGACCGGUGUUGUCUGGCUCAGGCAGCCCUUGGACAGAGAGACAAAGUCAGAAUUCACGGUUGAAUUUUCUGUCAGUGACAGCCAAGGGGUGAUCAAAGGGACAGUCAACAUCCAAGUUGGAGAUGUGAAUGACAACGCCCCGCGGUUCCACAACCAGCCGUACAGCGUCCGCAUCCCAGAGAACACUCCGGUGGGCACUCCGAUUUUCAUAGUGAAUGCCACGGAUCCCGACCAGGGGGCAGGAGGCAGCGUGCUUUACUCCUUCCAGCCUCCUUCCAAUUUCUUCGCCAUCGACAGCGGCCGUGGCAUUGUGUCGGUGAUACGGGAGCUGGACUAUGAAGUGACUCAGGCAUACCAGCUCCAGGUCAAUGCGACGGACCAAGAUAAAAACAAGCCACUGUCCACUCUGGCCAACCUGGCAAUCACCAUCACAGAUGUACAGGACAUGGACCCCAUCUUCAUCAACCUGCCCUACAGCACGAACAUCUAUGAGAACUCGCCUCCGGGUACCACAGUGCGGAUGAUAACAGCAAUCGACCAGGACAAGGGCCGUCCCCGGGGUAUCGGCGGCACAUGCUGCCAGAGGUAUUCGCAACUUUAUCGGCUGUUGGAAGGAAAGUGCCAUUUUGAGCCCCAAGCUGGGGCAGGUAACACCAACAGCAUCUUUGCACUGGACUACAUCAGUGGAGCUUUAACCCUGAAUGGGCCGCUGGACCGAGAAAACCCCUUCUAUACCUCUGGAUUUGUCCUCACAGUGAAGGGGACAGAACUGAAUGAUGACCGCACGCCCUCCAAUGCCACUGUCAUCACCACCUUCAACAUCCUAGUCAUUGACAUCAAUGACAACGCACCCGAGUUCAACAGCUCAGGGUACAGCGUGGCCAUCCCGGAGCUGGCCCAGGUGGGCUUUGCCCUUCCCCUCUUCAUCCAGGUGCAGGACAAAGAUGAGGGACCCAACAGUGUUUUCGAGGUUUACCUGGUGGGCAACAACUCCAACCACUUCAUCAUCUCGCCGACAUCCAUCCAGGGGAAGGCAGACAUCCGCGUCCGUGUGGCAGUGCCGCUGGACUUUGAGACCAUUCCUCGCUACGAAUUCUCGCUCUUUGCAAACGAGAGCGUUCCUGACCAUGUUGGCUUUGCCCGUGUGAAGAUUAACCUCAUCAACGAGAAUGACAACCGCCCCAUUUUCAGCAAGGCCCUGUACAAUGUCAGCCUCUUCGAGAAUGCCACCGUGGGCACCACCGUCCUCCAGGUCCACGCAACUGACAAUGAUGUAGGCACAUAUGGGAAAGUCAGUUAUUUUUUCAGCGAUGACCCUGACCGUUUCUCACUGGACAAGGACACGGGCAUAAUCCUCCUGACAGCUCGGCUGGACUUUGAGACCACGCAGCGCUACACCCUGACCAUCAUUGCCCGGGAUGGCGGCGGGGAGGAGACAACGGGACGUGUCAGGAUCAAUGUCCUCGAUGUCAAUGACAAUGUCCCCACCUUUCAGAAGGAGGCAUACCUGGGGGCUCUGCGGGAGAACGAGCCCUCCAUCACCCAGGUGGUCCGGCUCCGGGCGUCUGACGAGGACUCCCCUCCAAACAACCAGAUCACAUACAGCAUCGUGCAGGCGUCUGCCUUCCGUGACUACUUUGACAUCGCAGUGUCGGAAGGGUAUGGAGUGAUCAGUGUAAACCACCCCCUUGACUACGAGCAGGUGGCCAACGGGGUUAUUUACCUGACGGUGAUGGCCAAGGAUGCUGGCACCCCGCCACUCAACAGCACUGUCCCUGUCACCAUCGAGGUGUUUGAUGAAAACGACAACCCCCCCACGUUCAGCAAGCCCUCUUUUGUUAUAACUGUUAUGGAGGACAUCAUGGCAGGAGCCACGGUGCUGUUUCUCAAUGCCACGGACAUGGACCGGUCCAGGGAGUAUGGGCAGGAGUCAAUCAUCUACUCCCUGGAGGGCUCCUCUCAUUUUCGGAUCAAUGCUCGUUCAGGAGAAAUCACGACAACGUCUUUGCUGGACCGGGAGGCCAAAUCCGAGUACAUCCUCAUUGUCCGGGCAGUGGAUGGAGGUGUGGGCCACCAUCAGAAGACAGGCAUUGCUAUGGUGAACAUCACGCUGCUGGACAUCAAUGACAACUAUCCCACCUGGAAGGAUGAGCCAUACCUCAUUAACCUGGUGGAAAUGACCCCCCCCAACUCAGACGUUACCACGGUGGUGGCAGUUGACCCGGACCUGGGGGAGAAUGGCACGGUGGUGUACAGCAUCCGACCACCCAACAAGUUCUACAGCCUCAACAGCACCACAGGCAAGAUCCGCACCAGUGGUGUCCUGCUCGACCGGGAGAACCCCAAUGCCCAGGAGGCCCAGCUCAUGCGGAGGAUCGUGGUGUCGGUCACCGACUGCGGGAGGCCACCCCUGCGAGCUACCAGCAGUGCCACAGUUUUCGUCAACCUGCUCGACCUGAAUGACAAUGACCCCACUUUCCAAAACCUGCCCUUCGCCGCCGAGAUUGCCGAGGGCCUUCCCGCAGGCUCCUCCGUCUUCCAGGUAGUGGCCAUUGACCUGGACGAGGGUCCAAACGGGCAGGUGACAUACCGCAUGCAGGUGGGGAUGCCCCGCAUGGAUUUCCUCAUCAACAGCACCAGUGGGCUUAUCACCUCCACUACCAUGCUGGACAGGGAGAGGAUCGCCGAGUACUACUUGCGGGUGGUGGCCAGCGACGCCGGCGUGCCCUCCAAGAGCUCCACCAGCACCCUGACCGUCAAAGUUCUGGAUGUGAACGAUGAGAACCCCACCUUCUUCCCAGCCGUCUACAAUGUGUCGCUGCCUGAAAACGUGGCCCGGGAUUUCAAAGUGGUCCGGCUCAACUGCACGGAUGCUGACACUGGGCUGAACGCUGAGCUCAGCUAUUUCAUCACAGGUGGGAACCAGGACGGCAAAUUCAGCGUUGGCUUCAGGGAUGGGGUGGUCAGGACUGUCGUGAGCCUGGACAGAGAGACCGUGGCAUCGUACACACUGAUCCUGGAGGCCAUUGACAAUGGCCCCACAGGGAACCGGCGCACUGGGACUGCCACCGUGUAUGUGACCAUCCUGGACGUCAAUGACAACCGACCCAUCUUCCUUCAGAGCAGCUACGAAGUCAGCGUCCCCGAGGACAUCCCGGCUGCCAGCAGCAUAGUGCAGGUGAAAGCCACAGACUCAGAUGAAGGUGUUAACGGGAGAGUAUGGUACAGGAUUGUCAAGGGGAAUGAGCACAACAACUUCCGCAUCAAUCCCAGCACCGGGCUGGUGAUGCGGGGUGUGCGGCACCUGGACAGGGAGCAAAACUCCUCUCAUGUCCUGGAGGUGGAGGCCUACAACACGGAGCAGGGACCCAUGAGGAGCUCCGUGCGGGUGAUCAUCUAUGUGGAAGAUGUCAACGACGAGGUGCCAGUGUUCACCCAGCGGCAGUACAACCGCCUGGGGCUGCGGGAGACAGCUGGGAUAGGGACUUCAGUGGCGGUGGUCCGGGCCACCGACCGAGACACAGGGAACAGCGGUCUGGUGAACUACAAAAUCCUGUCAGGCGCUGAAGGGAAGUUUGAGAUCGAUGAGAGCACGGGCCUUAUCACGACAAUCGAGUACCUGGACUACGAGACCAAAACCAGCUACCUGAUGAACGUCUCUGCCACGGACCAGGCACCCCCCAACAACCAGGGCUUCUGCAGCGUGUACGUCAGUCUGCUGAAUGAGCUGGACGAGGCCGUGCAGUUCUCCAACAGCAGCUACGAGGCUGUGAUCAUAGAGAACAUCCCGCUGGGCUCCGAAGUCCUCAGGGUCCAGGCCCGCUCCAUUGACAACCUCAACCAGAUCACCUACAAGUUUGACCCCAACACCAACGCACAAGCGCUCUCCCUCUUCAAAAUCAACGGAAUCACUGGUGUGAUCACAGUCAAAGGCCAGGUGGAUCGAGAGAAGGGGGAUUUCUACACCAUGACAGUGGUGGCUGAUGAUGGAGGACCAAAGAUUGACUCCACGGUGAAGGUGACCAUCACGGUCCUGGAUGAGAAUGACAACAGCCCCCAGUUUGACAUCACCUCUGACUCCUCUGUGAGCGUGGCAGAGGACAGCAUGGUCGGCAAGCGGGUGGCUGUGGUCCUGGCCCGCGACCCAGAUGCAGGCAGCAACGGGCAGGUGACUUUCUCACUAAUGUCGGGGAACAUCGGCCGGGCUUUCGAGAUCCGUACCACCAAUAACACCUACGGCGAGGUGUUUGUGGCACAGCCGCUGGACCGGGAGCUGCUGGAUCACUACACCUUACGGAUCCAAGCCUCAGAUGGUGGUGUGCCUCCCCGGAGGAAGGAGCACACUCUGCGAGUGAACAUCCUUGAUGUCAAUGACAACCCCCCCAUCAUUGACAGCCCCUUCGGCUACAACGUGAGCGUGAGCGAGAACGUUGGUGGUGGCACAGCAGUGGCCCAGGUACAUGCCACCGACCGGGACGUCGGCCUCAACAGUGUCCUCUCCUACUACAUCACCCGUGGGAAUGAGGACCUCACCUUCCGCAUGGACCGCGUCACUGGCGAGAUCGCCACCCGGCCCUCCCCACCGGACCGCGAGCGGCAGAGCUUCUACAGCCUGGUGGUCACUGUCGAGGAUGAGGGCAACCCCUCCUUGUCGGCCACCACCACAGUGUACGUCACCGUGCUGGAUGAGAACGACAAUGCUCCGGCUUUCCAGCAGCAACUGUAUGAGGUGACCCUCGAUGAAGGUCCAGCCACGCUCAAUGCCACCCUUGUCACUGUGAAGGCCCUGGACUGGGAUGAGGGACCCAAUGGCACGGUUGCGUACGCCAUCGCCGAAGGCAACAUUUUGGGUACCUUCCACAUAGACAGCGCCACGGGACAGAUCCGCACGGUGAAGGAGCUGGACUAUGAGAUCAGCCACGGGCGCUACACCUUGAUCGUCACUGCCACCGACCAGUGCCCCAUCUUCUCACGCCGGCUGACAUCGACUGCCACGGUGCUGGUGAACCUCAACGACAUCAACGACAACCGUCCCACCUUCCCUCGACCCUACGAAGGUCCCUUCGAUGUCACGGAGGGGCAGCCCGGCCCACGCGUCUGGACCUUCCUGGCCCACGACGGUGACUCAGGACCCAGCGGGCAAGUGGAGUACAGCAUCAUCGCUGGGGACCCUCUUGGAGAGUUUGUGAUCUCCCCGGUGGAAGGGGAGCUGCGAGUGCGGAAGGAUGCUGAGCUGGACCGUGAGAACAUCGCCUUCUACAAUCUCACCAUUGCCGCCCGGGACCGGGGGGUGCCCCCCCUCAGCUCCACGAUCCUGGUGGGCGUCCGAGUGCUGGACAUCAAUGACAACGACCCUGUGCUCCUCAACCUCCCGAUGAACAUCACCCUCAGCGAGAAUGCCCCCAUCUCCAGCUUUGUCACCCGCAUCCUUGCCCGGGAUGCGGACAAGGGGCUGAAUGCCCUCCUGACCUUCGACAUAACAGCAGGCAACACGGAGAACGCCUUCUACAUCAACAGCACCAGCGGCAUUGUCUACGUAAACCACCCUCUGGACAGGGAGCGGGUGGCAGAGUACAGGCUAACCAUCACAGUGAAGGACAACCCUGAGAACAUACGCAAUGCCAGGCGGGAUUUUGACCUGCUGGUCAUCUCCAUAGCGGAUGAGAAUGACAACCACCCCAUUUUCACCCAGAGCUCCUACCAGGCUGAGGUGGUGGAGAACUCUCCCCCAGGGACUCCGGUCACAGUGCAUAACGGACCUAUCCUAGCUCUGGACGGCGACCAGGGCAGCAAUGCCUUGGUGACCUACCAGCUCCUGGAGGCAUCCCUGGACCUAUUUGUUAUCGACAACAGGACAGGUGUUAUUUCAGUGAAGCCUGGCAGUGUGAUAGACCGAGAGGCUUUGCCGGACCCUCACCUGGAGUUCACACUGGUGGCUCAUGACAUAGGGGGCCUGAAAAGCACCGCCAGCCUGUUGGUGACCGUCUUAGAUGACAAUGACAACCGCCCCAUCUUCCAGCCGGCCUCCAUCGUGGCACGGCUGCGGGAAAACAGCCCCCCAGGCUUCUCUGUCCUCCAGGUGAGUGCCACAGAUGCUGACAGUAGGUUCCUGAUCGACGGCACCACAGGGGUGAUCCGCGUGGCCAACAUCAGCAUCGACCGGGAGGAGCGGGAUGCCUACCGGCUGAUGGUGGUGGCCGUGGACCAGGGCACGCCAGCACUCUCGGGCACUGCCACCGUCAGCCUCUUCAUCGACGACGUCAACGACUGCCGGCCUGAGUUCAUCAACCCCAUCCAGACCGUCAGUGUCCCCGAGUCAGCUGCCCCUGGCACAGUGGUGGCCGAGGUGACCGCCAUCGACCGGGACCUCCACCCUCGCCUGGAGUACUACCUGCUGGAGAUCGUGGCCCGUGACGACACAGACGCCUUGGUGCCCAACCAGCAGGGAACAUUCACAGUGGAUUUUAGGACAGGAGCUGUGAAGAUCAAAACCCCCCUCAACCGGGAAUUGGUGGCCACCUACGAAGUCACCAUCUCUGUCCAUGACAAUGCCAGCGAAGUCAUCGACCGCUCGGUCAGCGUACCCAAUGCCAAGCUGACAGUUAACGUCUUGGAUGUCAAUGACAACACACCCCGUUUCCGCCCCUUUGGGGUCACCUAUUUCACUGAGAGGAUCCUGGAGGGAGCCACAGAGGGCACCACACUGAUCUCCAUCUCAGCGGUGGAACCAGCCUGGGGAGGUGGGAGUCUGGGGCAGGUUGGUAGCCUGGGGCAGGUUUCUCAUUUCAGGGUCUGCCAUUCUCUAGGGAAGGUCGUGGCCAACAGGACGGUGGACUACGAGGAGGUGCAGUGGCUGAACUUCACCAUCCGAGCUUCCGACAAUGGCUCUCCACGCAGAUCUGCUGAGAUCCCUGUGUACCUCCAGAUAGUGGACAUCAACGACAACAAUCCCAUUUUCAGCCAGCCAUCCUACCAGAAAGCUGUCUUUGAGGAUGUGCCGUUGGGUACAGUCAUCCUGAGAGUCAAGGCCACAGAUGCGGAUUCUGGGCGGUUUGCUCUCAUCCAGUACAGCCUGGGGGAUGGAGAGGGCAAGUUUGGGAUAAAUCCCAACACGGGUGACAUCUACAUCCUGUCAGCCCUGGACCGGGAGAAGAAAGAUCACUACACGCUGACAGCUGUGGCCAGGGACAACCCUGGGGACGUCUCCAGUAACCGUCGUGAGAACUCCGUGCAGGUGCUGAUCACAGUCCUGGACAUCAACGACUUCAGGCCCCAGUUCAGCAAGAGCCAGUUCAGCACCAGCGUCUAUGAGAACGAGCCAGCAGGGACAUCGGUGAUCACCAUGACUGCCACAGACCUGGACGAAGGGGAUAACGGAGUGGUGACCUACAGCGUCGAGGGACCCGGAGCAGAGGCUUUCAAGAUCAAUAAAGACUCUGGGCUCAUCACAUCCCAGCGGCGCUUACAGUCCUACGAGCGGUUCAACCUGACCGUGGUGGCCACGGACAAGGGACACCCCCCUCUCUGGGGGACCACCAUGCUCCACAUUGAGGUCAUUGACAUCAAUGACAACCGCCCCGUCUUCAUCCGCCCACCCAACGGCACCAUCCUGCACAUCAAGGAGGAGAUCCCCCUGCGGUCCAACGUCUACGAGGUCUACGCCAUGGACAAAGAUGAGGGCCUCAACGGAGCAGUGCUCUACAAUCUGCUGAAAACCGGGGCAGGGAACAAAGACUGGGAGUAUUUCAGCAUCGACUCGGUCAGCGGACUGAUCCAGACGGCCAUGCGGCUGGACCGGGAGAAGCAGGCAGUGUACAACCUGAUCAUCGUGGCCUGCGACCAGGGACAGCCAGCCUAUGAGACCAUGCAGCCCCUCCAGGUUGCCCUCGAUGACAUAGAUGACAAUGAGCCCAUCUUCCUCCGGCCACCCAGGGACAGUCCCCAGUACCAGGUGCUCUCCGUCCCUGAGCACUCACAGCCAGGCACCGUGGUGGGGAACGUCACCGGGGCUGUGGAUGCAGAUGAGGGCUCCAAUGCCAUAGUCUACUACUUCAUAGCAGCUGGGAACAGGGAGAACAACUUCCAGCUGAGCCGGGAGGGGAAGCUGCAGGUCUUGCGAGACCUGGACCGGGAGAAGGAGCCAUACUACUCCAUCAUUGUCAAAGCAUCCAGCCAGAGGAACUGGUCCCCUCCUCGGGGCCAGCGGGCAGGCAGGACUCAGCUCUGGGACCUCACCGGGGACCUGACACUUCAGGAGGUGCGGAUCUUCUUGGAUGACAUCAACGACCAGUCCCCACAGUUCACCAAGUCGGAGUACACUGCGGGGGUUGCCACCGACGCCAAGGUGGGAUCGGAGCUGAUCAGAGUGGUUGCAGUGGACGCCGAUGUGGGCAAUAACAGCCUGGUCCUGUACAACAUCUUGGGAAUCCGCUACAUCAAGCAGCACUCCAAUGACUCUGAGGAGGUGGCCAACGUCUUCAGCAUUGGAACCCUUGAUGGGAUCCUGCGAACCUUCGACCUCUUCACCGCCUACAAUCCUGGCUACUUUGUGGUGGACAUCAUGGCCUCUGACCUGGUGGGCCACAAUGACACAGCCAUUGUAGGGAUUUACAUCCUACGGGAUGACCAGCGGGUCAAAAUCAUAAUCAACGAGAUCCCUGACAAAGUCAGGCAGUUCGAGGAGGAGUUCAUCAGCCUGCUCUCCAACAUCACGGGUGCCAUUGUCAACACAGAUGAUGUGCAGUUCCAUGUUGACAAGAAAGGUCGGGUGAACUUUGCGCAGACAGAGCUGCUGAUCCACGUGGUGAACAGGGAGACCAACCGCAUCCUGGAUGUGGAGCGGGUGAUUCAGAUGAUAGAUGAGAACAAAGAGCAGCUGAGGAACCUCUUCAGGAACUACAACGUGCUGGACGUGCAGCCUGCCAUCACUGCUCGGGCCCCAGAUGACCUCUCGGCUCUGCAGAUGGCAAUCAUCGUGCUGGCCGUCCUGCUCUUCCUGGCUGCCAUGCUCUUCAUCCUCAUGAACUGGUACUACCGGACAGUGCACAAAAGGAAAUUGAAAGCCAUAGUGGCUGGCUCCACCGGGAACAGAGGCUUCAUGGACAUCAUGGACAUGCCAAACACCAACAAGUACUCGUUUGAUGGGGCCAACCCGGUGUGGCUGGACCCCUUCUGCAGGAACAUGGAGCUGGCAGCACAGGCAGAGCACGAGGAUGAUCUGCCGGAGAACCUGAGUGAGAUCACCGACCUCUGGAACAGCCCUGCCCGCACUCACGGGACCUUUGGGAGAGAGCCCUCCGCGGCCAAACCUGAGGAUGAUCGCUACCUGCGGGCAGCCAUCCAGGAGUACGACAACAUUGCCAAGCUGGGGCAGAUCAUGCGGGAGGGACCCAUCAAGGGCUCUCUCUUGAAGGUGGUCCUGGAUGAUUACAUGCGCUUGAAAAAACUCUUUGCCCAGCGGAUGGUGCAUAAGGCCACCACCAGUCAGGGGGACUGCUCUUCGGUCUCGGAGCUGAUCCAGAAGGAGCUGGAGGAGGAGGAAGAGGAGCGCAGGCCCAGCCAGCGCAGCCUCCGCUUCCGACACAAGCAGCCGGUAGAGCUGAAAGGUCCCGACGGCAUCCAUGUGGUGCACGGCAGCACAGGCACGCUGCUUGCCUCCGACCUCAACAGCCUGCCUGAAGAUGACCAGAAGGUGCUGGGUCGCUCGCUGGAGACUCUGACCACCGACUGUGGGGGCUACAGUGACCACAACGCCCGCACGGAGUCGGCCAAGUCCACCCCUCUGCACAAGAUGCGGGAGGUGAUCAUGGAGAGCCCGCUGGAGAUCACCGAGUUAUGA